AUGCUUGAUAUCAGAGAAAGCGAGCGGGCAGUGUAUCGUUUAAUCAGAGCGCGUCAUCGCUCAACGUUGGAUAUGGAGCACACCAAGAUCGUUAAGGGAGCUGAUGGAGCCGUUCUGCAUUCUGGUCAAAUCCUGCAGAGGUGGCGAGAGUACUACAAUCACUUAUGUAACGAAGAGUUCUGUCAUCCUAUCAUCCCAACUGUUCCCACUGUCGAGAGUCCUGUUCCACCAAUUACUGCCGUCGAAGUGAGUGCUGCCCUCGCAAAAAUGAAGUCGAACAAGGCAACAGGUCCUGAUGACAUACCUGCUGAUGUCUGGAAGCUGCUAGGAAAUCGAGGGCCUGUGUGGCUCGCGACUCUAUUUAACAAGAUCGUUGCGGGAGGACCGACUCCAGACGUUUGGCAAACUUCCGUGACCGUCCCUGUCUGGAAAGGGAAAGGAGACAUUGCUGACUGCACUUCGUACAGACUUAUACGAUUACUGUGCCAUACAAAGAAGAUUUUUGAGCGUAUCGUGAAAGCUCGUCUGAGGAAAAUCGUCAGCGUUUCACUCAACCAGUGCAGCUUUGUGAAGGACUGCAGCACUAUAGAUGCUAUCCAUGCUGUCCGUAUCCUCCUGCAGAAACAUCGAGAGAAGAACCGCAGUGUGCAUCUUGCUUUUUUCGAUCUCGAGAAAGCUUUCGACCGUGUCCCACAUGAGCUGUUAUGGAUGUCCAUGAGGUCGCAUAGAGUACCAGAAGAGUAUGUGCGGUGGACGAAGCUGCUUUAUGCGAAGCCUACCAGCGUUGUACGAUGUGCUACUGGAACAAGCAGGGCAUUCCCUGCACAGGUAGGUUCAUCAGGGUUCAUCCCUCUCACCCCUGCUGUUCAUACUGUGCAUGGACACGAUAACGAAGGAAAUCCAGAAGCAGCAUCCGUGGACUCUACUCUUUCCCGACGAUGUCAUGCUCGCGUCGGAGUCUCGAGGUGA